UUCAUCGGUUGAUUGUCUCUUAUCAUUUGUAUCUCAUUCUUUUAUCAGACCAGAUUCUACUGCUUACUCUCCUUUUGGCUCUCGAAAGAGAGCUCGUGAAAAGUACGUUGUUGGAGCUUGGAUAUCGGUUGGAGGUCGCCUUCACCGCGGCGAGUGACAGAAAUGUCCACCCCCAAUGAUCUCCAGGCUCUGCUCGCGAGCAUCAGGCCACGUCCUUCUCCGUCGAAUACGCCUGGCCAGGAUGCUCCCAUGCAGUACCCUCAGCAGUACCUGUCCGGAUUACGCCCCCAGCAGCCACCUUAUGAUGGGCAGAGCUUUCCUCAUCCCCAGCUGCAACAACAUGGUUACCGCCACCCAUCGGUCUCGUCCACCAUUCACAGUCCCUCCCCAGUGAAUACUCCGCCUCACCAUGGCUCGGACAUACUCAGUCCUAAUGCUCCAACGUCGCGUGGGGAGAUGUUUCCUCCCCAGCAGCAUCAGCCGAUGCCCCAGAAUCCCGAUCGUGCUGCCAAUCUGCUUAAUCUGCUGAAGUUCAACCCGUCUGCAGCAUCUCCGGCUUCCCAGCAGCCAUCGCCUUUCGCGUUGGAACAGCCGAAGCCGUCUCACAGUCACGAAGUUGGCCCAGAGGCUACGAAGUUCCACGCGAGAAACAUCUCCGCGUCCGAUCUUGUUGCUACUCUCUUCGGCCGACAGGGAGCCACGGCUCCUGUCAAGCCUGCUGGUGCGCAGUUUGGUCAACCUGGACCCGCCGUCACUGCUGGUGAAAACUCGGUUGUUCCCACCGCCGAGAACACCCAGGAGAUGUUGCUUCGCUUGCUCAACCGCCCCAAUCCAGGCCAAGAAGCUUCUGAGGGACUGGUGAAGCCAGUUUCUCAGCCGUUGACUUCUAUUUCUCCCCAGGAGUCUCCUAUGACCGAGAUUAUCUCGGGAAACCCUACGAUAGCCUCUGUUCAGGCUGUAGAGGAGUCUCUGGCUCUAGGCUCUCCCCCUGAGGAGAUCAUGACCGGGAAACCGGAUGCUCUCGCCUCUCAUCAGGCCAAGCCUUCUCCCUCUGGCAAGGAGACCUUGUUCACAUACGUCAACCCCUUCGAUCAACUUGCCGCUGCUUCUCCUCGCAAGGGAACUCCCCAGCCGAAGUCUCGGAGUGAGAGCCCUGCCGUAGAGGCCACGGGAAGCAAGAAACUCAUCACCAAGGAAGAGACCGCUCAGGAGGUAGCGCGGGCCAAGUCUCCGAGCUUGGCAGAAGAGCAGAAGGAGGCUGUGUCCCAGGUAGUUGAUAACCUCGUCAGCCAGAUCGUUCGCGACGUUGAUGAAGCGGUCGCCAAAGCUUCCAAGGAAGAGAGCAAGCCAGUUGUGCUGAUGACUCGGGAAGAAGACACUCAAGAGACCCUGUCGUCGAUCGCCAGCCACCUUCGGGAGACCGCUGCUGAAGCCAGAGAAGCUGCCCAGGAGAAUGGAAAUCCCGGAUCAAUCAAGGAUACUACUGCUGAUACUUUUGCUGUGAAGGAGACUUCCAACAAUAGCGGCGGUGAUGCUUUAGCUGAUAGCUGGGAGAGUGCUGAAGAUAGCGCCCAGAAGGAAGAGGAGCGUAUCGUGCCGGUACAUAAUUUCCCCUUGAAGCCGUUCAUUUCCAUCUCCGUGAAGGCCCAAGACUCUGAAAAUCUUACUACUCUUCGUGAUGAUGGAAUCAUGGAUAUCGCAAGACUGAAGAAGGAGUUCGACCAAUUGGAUCGCUCGCUGACCUCAGCUACCUCCGAUUACAUCGUCUAUGCCCUGGCAAAGAAUGGAGGUAUGAGAAUAAUCCGUCAGGAUGAUGGAAGUGACAAACAAGCGUUCCGCUCCACCCGCGAUCGUGUGUUUAAUGUCGCUGUCUGUACCUCCCAGACGACGACAGGUACAUCCGACGAACAGGCGGUCCUGGGCAUCGGCGUUAGUGGUGCUGUAUACUGGGCAUUGAUUUCGAAUGGAGACAAGGACCUCUUUGAAAUGGAUGCUUUGGAAAGCGAGAGUCUCAUCUUCCCUCCGUUCCCAGCCUCAGAUGAGAAUACUUCGGGUGGCCAGCUGAAAACGCGUGCCAAACGGAGCUCUCGCCAUCCAGGAUUCUUCGCAAUUGGUCGCGGCAAAAACAUCUACGUGAUCUCUCCGCAAGCUGCGGCAAACUUCAGUUACGGUGUCUCCGGCACACAGCGUACCGUUAAUACAGAGAAAUUUUUCAAAGAGCGUGCCUUGAAGAUCUCUACUGGCAAGGCCGGCAAGGACUUCAUGUUUAGUGACGAUGACACUGUUAUUGCCUCUCUAGACAAAACAGGUCGUCUCCGUUUUUGGGACAUCCGUGAUGUUAAUAACCCCUCUUUCUUCGCUACCGGACCCAGUCCCUCAGAAGUCCGCGUCCCAUUGAACACCUUUGUAACCGGCUCUCCUGCUGAGAAGUCGUGGCCAACAUCUGUGCUUUUCAUUGACAAGUUGCGCCCUUAUGUGAAGUCUAUGGCUCUUCGUUACGUCUUAGUUGGUCUUAAGCAGAAUCACACCUUGCAGCUCUGGGAUAUUGGGCUAGGCAAGGCUGUGCAGGAGCUUAAGUUCCCUCAUGAGAACGAGUCAGAUGCUAUUUGUAGUGUCGCAUAUCACCCCGGAUCCGGUAUCAUCGUUGUUGGACAUCCUACACGCAACUCGAUAUAUUUUGUUCAUCUGUCCGCACCCAGAUACAACUUACAGUCCAUGUCCCAGGCCUCGUUCAUCAAACGCUCAGGUGAAAAGGAUGGCAGUCUUCCCAAACCAGAAUCGACUGCAUGCAUGAGCGGCAUUCGAGAGAUCUCGUUCGCUUCGAAGGGUCAGCUGCGGAGUCUGGACCUUCUUCCAAUCAACAAAACAGCCGGAGAGGAGAACGGGUUGUUUGAGCUUUACGUUAUGCACUCCCGGGGAGUAACCUGCCUGAACAUCAAGAAGGAAGACCUUGGUUGGAGCUCCGAUAACAAGAUCAUCCGACCCGUUAAUGCCUUGGAGCAAGGACUUAUUGACAUCUCCGAGCUUCAAACUUUUCCGGCGUAUGUAACGGACGAUCCUUCCAUCAAUGGUGACGCUGCGCCCACUCCAACCAAGACAGCUCCUAAGGAGAUUGCUAGGAAGACCCAUGAUCUGGGCGGCGAAGCCAGCGCUGUGGCUAGUGCUACUGUUUCAAGGACCCAGUCCCCCAGUAAGCCCGCUCCAAAGAAGAAGGCAGGGGAAGAGCCAGCUGAGUCCGCAACUCAAUCCAAUGCCGGGGAGAAGCCUGAAAAGAAGAAGAAAAAGAAGGGUACAACUCCUGUUGAAGCGCCAGUUAAAGCAAAAGAAACGAAUGCUCCCUCCGUCACUAGCUCAAGUGAGGGCCUUGCAGCCGCGACCCAGGCUCAGGCUGCUGUUGAACAGCUUAAUGGAGAUGUGUCAAAAUCGAUCACAACCAGUGCUGCGCCGGUUAAUGCCAGUGGCGUCGAGCCGAGCGACAUCUGGAAUAAACACGUGGAGGUAUUGCAAACCGGUGUGUCUGCUGAAUUUAACAAGAGCCUUGGUCGGGAACUUGAAGGACUGUACCAACGCUUUGACGAAGAGCGACGCAGCUGGGAUGCGGCUUCCGCAGCCAAGCAAGAUCAAGUUCUGCGGUUGGUCUCUGACACUCUUUCUAACAACGUCGAAAAGAAUCUCGCACGCAUCGUUUCGGGCAGCAUCCGGUCGGAAGUAGUACCUGCUUUGGCAAACCUAACAUCGGCAGCUGUCGGUAAACAAUUGGAUAAUAUUGUCGGUCAACAGAUAGGGGCUUCCCUUCCUCGUGAACUACGCCAGGCUCUGCCUGACACUGUUUCCCGUGCUAUCCAGCAACCUGAAAUUGUGAAGGCCCUGUCGGAAGCUGUGGGUCAGAAGCUUUUGCCUGGUCUUGAAGCCGAAAUAUCAAAGGCCGUUCAACACACGGUCACGCCAGCUUUCAAGACUCUUUCUACACGUAUUGUAGAGAAGGCUGGGUCCGACAUGGAGAAGCAACUACAGGCACAUCUCAGGCAAUACGAAGUUCAACGUCAGAAUGAUGCCGCUAAGAUCGACCAGCUCACUAAUCUUGUCCGUGGUCUGUCAGAUACAGUGGCUUCAAUGGCCGCGGCGCAGACUAGUUUCCAGAAUGAGGUUUUGAAGCUUAAUCGCGACGUGGGUCAGCAAGGAGACAGACAAGCUUCGCAACAGCCGACGAGCGCCAUGGCUGCUACACCUAGCGAGACACAGUCUGCCGAGGACGCAGAACUAGCUGAGAUUGCUCGGUUAAUGAGCCAAGGCAGAUUCGAAGAGGGUUCAGUCAAGCAAGCAGAUUUAUUUGACAACCUCUUCAUCAGCUUAGACCCAGCCUACUUAACCGGCCUCUCCCCUAUUGUGACGCUUUCCAUUGGAGUUGCGGUCACCUCCUCUCUGCAAACAAAUGUUGCAGAACGCCUUAAGUGGCUGGAAGUUGUUCUGCAGACAGUAAAUCCUAUGGAUCUGGACAUUCGGGAAGUUGCACCCAGGAUCAUGGAUAUUCUCCUCCAGCGACUGGAUAUCUUGUACAUGUCUGUCGCUAAAAACGCACCACAUGACCCUGUUAUUCGCAAAAUCCCCUUCCUUUCGCGCCGUGCUCGAGAGCUCCGUGGCUAGAUCUGUGAUCUACUCACCUGCUGCACUUUUUGAUGCCGUCGUACGAGGCCGCAAUUGAAUAAUUCACUACCUUUGGUUUGUCUUAUGAUAGUCACGCAU